ACAUAUUGUUUCCAGUAUCAUACUAAAUGUGUAGUAAAUAAGCUGAACAUACAAAAUCAACAACAUAAUUUGGAAAGUUAGGUUACUUUCGUGUUGAGUAUAUCGUGAAUCGUGAUUCGUGUAGCUAAAAUGGUAUUGCUAAAAGAUUCGAUAAAGGUAUCCUUAGAUAAAUGCAUACAAGUGAUGAAAAAAUAUGAGUGGCUACUCGAAUUGUAUGUCUUGGAUUUCUUUGUCGACGACCACUGGGGGAAGUUGCCAUUGGCUUGGCAAUUUGCUUUUAAGAAUAUGGACCCUCAGGACUUAGGCGACAUUCUCACACGAAAACAAACUAAACAUGUUCUUCCACUCACAUUUUUAAGCUUACUGAAGUCUGUCGAGAGUCUCAGUUUACCACGAAAGUCAGAAAAACUAUGGACAGAAAAUCUUGAUUCUUCUAAGUUUAAACAUUUGUUCCUGAAACAUGUGAAAUUAAAGAAAAGGCAUGAAAUAGGUUUGAUGUCGAAUGUUGUCUCAAAAGUAGCAUAUCAAUAUAGUUGUAGCACAGUUGUAGACUUUGGUUCAGGUUUGGGACACUUGGUUAGAAUUUUGUCAUAUAAACACAAAAUUGAUGCCAUUGGAAUUGAGGCACAAAGUCAGCUGUCAGAGGAAGCUAGAAAGCUGGACUUAGAAUGGGAAUAUACAGCCAAGAAACAACUCUCCGAGGAGGAAAUUAGUAAUCUCCACAAACCAAAACAUGUUAAUUUCACCCUUUCCUCUACAAAUCAGUUGGACAUCUUAAUUAAUGAUACAUCCUAUGGUCUCAUUGGGUUACAUCCCUGUGGUGACUUAGGGCCGUUACUGAUAAAGCAUUUUGUUAGCUGUGAAAAAGUCAAAUUCAUCUGUGUCGUCGGCUGCUGCUAUAUGAAGUUGAGCUGUGACACAGAGUGCUGUGGCUAUCCUAUGAGUGAAUAUGUCAAGCAAAAGGAUAGCUCAUUGUCCUAUACUGUCAGGGAAAUAUCUUGCCAUGCCAUAGAUAUGUAUUGUGAGAGGCUUUGUAAAGGAGAUUAUAAUGACCUAAAGAUUCAUGCAUACAGAGCUGCUCUCGAGAAGUUGCUGGUCAACACUGAUCCCAAACUGAAGCACACACCUGUCAGGAGCAUUAAGCACUCUAAUGACAUGACAUUUGAAAGUUAUCUGGUGAAAGCAACAGAACGUCUGACGGUGCCAGUUCUAGACAGUGCCUUGGUGGCAAAAGACUUGGAGCAAUGGAGAAGAGUGGUUGUUCUGUACACGUUGCGGCUAAUGCUAGCGCCGUUGGUGGAAACUAUCAUACUGCUUGAUAGAAUGCUUUAUAUAUUUGAAAACGGAUUAAGCUGUGAAAUCCACCCAGUUUUUGAUCCCAGGAUUUCUCCUCGCAAUCAUAUUAUUAUUGGAAAAAGAUUAUAAAUAUCAUUUUAACAAGUA